AUUUUCAUGGAGCCAGCACCCACACCUGUCGGCGUUUGACGUCUAUCCACGUUAUCACUUAUCAGUGAAUUUGUAAUCACUCAAAUUUAACGCGUCUACAAAAUGUGCAGCAAUGUUGGAAGACUACAAAAAUGUGAUUGCCACAACUGCCUCAAUUUCUACAAUAUUGCAGUUUCUAAGUGGAACCUUGAUUUGUUUAAAGAUCUCCCGAAAUAAAAGCACCGGGGACAUUUCACCAUUUCCCUUUGUUAGCGGUUGUUUAUCUACAAGUUUGUGGCUUCGGUAUGGGUUUUUCAUCGAAGAUCAUUCCAUAAUUUUGGUGAAUACGAUUGGAGUCAGUCUAUUUUUUGCCUAUAUAGUGACAUUCUUUAUGUAUAGUAUCAAAAAGUCAUCAGUAUUACGCCAGGUCGCUGCUUGUGCGAGCAUUUUGAUUGCAACUUUAGUGUACAUACAGCACAAAGAAAAUUUUGAAGAAGCUAAGGAUUCUUUGGGAAUUGUUUGCUGUUUUGUAACAAUAUUGUUCUUUGCUGCGCCCCUCGCAUCACUGUUACAUGUUGUUAAGGUGAAAGACACCGACAGUUUGCCGUUUCCUAUCAUUAUGGCCAGUUUUAUUGUCUCAAUGCAGUGGCUAGUUUAUGGAAUUAUAUUAGAAGAUAAAUUUAUACAGAUACCUAACUUUUUGGGCUGCGUCCUGUCUGGGUUUCAAUUGAGUCUAUUUUGCAUUUAUCCAAAAAUCAGGAGCUGUGGUUGGGAAUAUCAUUACCCCAAGAGACCAGGUUAUACGAGGGGUUUCGGCUGGGGAGCAGGUGCCGCCUGGAAGAAAAACCUUGAUUCGGAAUCCGCAUCCCAAACCUUACGUCUGCUUUUUGGCGAAAUGUAUAUUUCAGUAACUGAGUCUUCGUUUGAUGGGGGGACACUCAUCUUGACGUUUGAAUUUUCGCGCUACUGUCACCAAACUAUCAAUUCCUACGUUAUGAAUUUUGUGCGUUAUGGAUUUGUCAUUAAUUUGAAAUUAAGUCAAAGUCAUAAAUUAAGUGGCUUUUUAUCAAACACAGUAGCAAACGAUGAGAACGACGUUUAUUUAAUUUAA